GAAUUAAGUCGUUGCCUUCGUUCAAAAGCAUCUCUCAUGAGCUCAUAGACCGUUGAUAUCGUUGACUUAUCUUUCAUAACAAUUUAUAAUAUUUAACGUGAUCUCAACUUUGUACCGUACUAUAAUAGUUCUAUAUAUAACAUGGAAGAGAUUGCUGAAAAUGUAAAAAUGGCCAGGGAAUAUGCCUUGCUUGGAAAUUACGUGACGUCUUUGGUGUACUUCCAAGGUGUCUUACAACAAAUUCAGAAGUAUAUCACACGUAUAGUCGAUCCAGUACGAAAGCAGAAAUGGCAACAGUUACGUCAAGAGCUCACACAAGAGUAUGAACAAGUGAAUGAUCUGAAUAAGACAUUGAACAACUUUAAGAAAGAUCCCAUUCCAACACAGUACGGAGGAGUUAAUGCAAAUGAAGCUCCGACCAGAGACCCAGAGGUUUGGCCUCCACCAACUCCUGUUGAACGGGAGAAAAAUACGAAAGGAAUGCUCGACCUGUAUCCAGGCCAGUUAGACGUGAAGAACAAAAUGCAAAACCUGUUUCAAAAAAAGUAUCAAACCCACGGAGGUCUGGUAAAGUCAUCUGAACGUGGCCGUAGUGCACCGUCCAAGAAUCCUAAGAGUGACAGAGACAAUCAUCGUGCUGGUCGUGCUAAAAAAGAUGAUGAAAAGCCAGAAUCAAAAGACUCUGAAGAUGAAAAGAAGUUUGAUUCGUCAGGUUAUGACAAAGAUCUUGUUGAGGGACUUGAAAGAGAUAUAUUGCAAAGAAAUCCUAAUGUUCGCUGGUCAGAUAUAGCUGAAUUAGAUGAAGCUAAAAAGCUGCUUGAAGAAGCUGUAGUCUUGCCAAUGCUUAUGCCAGAGUAUUUUACUGGACUACGAAGACCUUGGAAGGGUGUGUGUAUGGUUGGCCCUCCUGGCACAGGAAAAACAAUGUUAGCCAAGGCAGUUGCUACAGAAUGUGGUACAACGUUCUUCAAUGUAUCUUCGUCAACACUUACCUCCAAGUAUCGAGGAGAGUGAAAACUCGUGCGAUUACUCUUUGAAAUGGCUAGGUUCUAUGCACCAAGCACUGUGUUUAUUGAUGAGAUCGAUUCAAUCUGCAGUAGACGCGGCACGGAGAAUGAACACGAGGCCAGUCGUAGAGUGAAGUCAGAACUUCUUGUUCAAAUGGACGGUGUUGACGGGGCAACGUCCGUUGAUGGUAAACUCGUUAUGGUCCUAGCAGCCACGAAUUUUCCAUGGGAUUUAGACGAAGCUUUGAGAAGGCGCCUCGAAAAACGAAUAUAUAUCCCUUUACCAACAGCCAAGGGCAGACUGGAAUUAUUGAAGAUAUGUCUUCGCGAUGUGGCGUUGGCUGAAAACGUUGUCCUGGAAGAGGUUUCUAAAAGUAUGGAAGGUUAUAGUGGGGCUGACAUCACCAAUGUUUGCAGAGAUGCGUCUAUGAUGUCGAUGAGAAGACGCAUUCAUGGUCUGACUCCCGAACAGAUCCGUAAUCUUCCGAAAGAAGAGUUGGACUUACCUGUUAACAUGGAUGAUUUUAAGGAAGCAUUGAAGAAAGUUUCAAAGUCAGUUUCUGAAGCCGAUAUUAAGAAAUAUGCUGAUUGGAUGGAAGAGUUUGGCUCGAAAUAAUAAGAAUGAUGUUGAGCGAAGCUCCUGACAUGAUAUUUUUGCUAAAAUAAUUGUUGCAAUGACCAUGUGUAUAAUAUGAUUUGCGUUUAGUUUAAUUGUAAUCAUCCAUUUAUACUGUUAAUUAUUAGUGGGAGUGCUCAAUUAAUCUCAAAGAAGCAUAGCAUUUCCUUUGAUUCA